AUGGCACUGGGGACGUGUUAGUAGUAUACAGUCAUGGUGACCCUCUAUAGUAUGGUCCAGCAGCAGUCUCUACCAAAUGCAUGGAGUGGUAUAACCACAGGGGUGCCGUCGUUAGACGAAAAGUUACUCGGCGGUGGUCUCAAGGGAGUUUACGACUUCCAAGUGGUUCCUAGCAGCCUGCUGAUGGAGAUGGUGAUUUGUGAGAUGCUAGCGUCAUAUUUGAAAAAGGGACCAGAUAAGCGUGUGGUGAUGAUCAAUACGUUCAACGAUUUCCCCCUACAGUUCAUGAAGCUCCGAAAAGACUUCAACUCCCAGUGGUUUUCUCAUCAAAUCCAAGUAUAUAAUUUGGACACGGUAAGUAAAUUAGUGAUCCACCUUCAGAAGCUCAAUCAGUCGCUUUCCAGUGAUACCAUAGUGGUGAUUAACAACUUUCACGAACUUCUUGAGCUCUAUAAACUUGAACUAUCUUCAUGUCAUCAAGAAAUGAUCUUGAGAGUUCAUGCUGCAAACAAUAAGACUAUAAUUGACCAUACCCAACAGCAUGAAAUUGAAGGUACACUUCCCCGUAUGAUAGAAAUUCCACGAAUAUCCAACUUGGUACGUGAGAGUCCUAAUCUGAAGUAUGGGUCUCACGUCACGUAUGUGUACAAUUUGCUUUCUCAGCUCGCGUACCAUAAAAACCUGCUUGUCUUCAUCACCGGAAGCCUAGAUGUUAAAUUCAAGACAUGGUCUUUGCCAUCCCUGUCGUUUAUGGAUACCUCAGCAUCAUUUGAUAGCUCUCAGGCAACACCUCCAGCCUCAGCCUUGCCAUCUACUGGCUCACGGUCUUCUCCCGCACCAACUCAAUAUCAUCCAAAGGGGCGACUAGUUUUGACCUUUUCUGACCACCAGAUGUCUCCCGGAAACAGACUGAGCUCAGGCAUAUUUGAGGCGGUGAUAACAAAACGUGUAAUGUUUUUUAAAGACUGGUAUCAUAAAACACCAGAGGCAACUCGCAAACGAUCACGGAAGGAGAAGUUGGUGUUUGGGGCUCGAGUGGACGGCGACGAAACCAUUUACUUUGAAAUAGUGGAUAAUGAUUUGGUAGAUUUAAGUGAAGUUUCUAAACCCUUACCGGCUCCAUCAUUGGUGCAAGUAUCAACAGUAUCGUCUUCAAAGCCUGCAGCAAAUACCGGAUUCUUGGACAACUUGUCCUCAUCUCCCGGUGUUUUCCCUCUGUCUAUGCCUUUAGCUACUAGCACUAGUCAAGGUGGGCCACUAACACUUGGAACCAGUCAACCUGGUCUACUAGCCACUAGUACAAGUCAGGUCGUGUUAGUUGCUACUCUGAAUGAAGCAGUUUUUCCUGGUCAAGAGGUGUUAGCGGAAGAGGUAGAAGUACAAUCAGUUGAUGAAAGAGAGGAAGUUGAGCUUUCAGAAAUUGAAACAGUGGAAGCGAACAAUAAUGAAAAUGACAACGACAACGACAACGACAACGACAACGGGAAUACAGAUGUAGAUCAAGAGAAGGGCCACAGGGUCCUUGCUGACUCUAAUCACCUUGACUUGAGUCUGAUAAUUCAAGACUCUCAAGAUAUGGGUACGCCGUUGUUCCUUUAACCCUGCCAAAUUGCUCUACAUAUCAUAUAUAGCACAAAUCACAAAAUAUAUUUCUCACUAUUCUCA